AUAGACUAAUACAUAUCACCAUGUGGUAAACGCAUUCCGGGCUCCAAUUAAAAAAAAACACCUAGUUUUGCAAUAAUGUCAGAUUUAAAGUUUAAACGGACACCAAAACACCUCGAAAUGUAAUGAGAGGGGCAAAGAGUUGCUGUCCUUAAAUAUGUUUGCUGCCCAAACGUAUCUGGAGUUGCAGCAGUUCCCAUCACGUCUGGUCAGUAGCUGUGCCAGUGGGGGUGUAUGGAAUAUGGAGUCCAAAGAGCGAGGGCAAAGUUAAGUUUUGCAACGUGAAAAAGGACCCUCCAAACUCCAGUGCCAUUUCGUCUCUGUGUCACUAGAUUAUUCUCACAACAGCCUUCGUUUGCCUAGCUUGAUCACUUCAAGAUUCCAAGACUUCAUUCGACUACCUCCUUCCACCUCUCAGUGGUGUCUCUAACCUGAAGCACAGAGCUCCAGUGUUGGGUGUCUUGGGAAUGGUAACUCUGAGUUACAUACACCAGGUCGCUAUGCAGCUAAAUAAAACUCCAGAGGCAACAGUUCAGAGCCAAGAGAAAGCUUGGAGCAAGAGUUUAUGGUCAUCCUGAAAAUAGUGAUGAUGCCAAAAUGACAACAUCUCAUGACAAAGAGCCGUAGUGGUGCAGUGGCUAGUAUUGCAGUCUGACUCUGCUCACUGGCAAGAGUUCAAUCCUGACCUGCUCAAGGUUGAUUCAAUCUUCCGUCCUUCCGAGCAAUCCCCAAAACAGACAGUUUUGGUGUUGAUUUACUACUCACUAAUAAUGCUUUUCCUGGGCUCCAAGAUCACCGCAGAUGGGGACUACAGCCAAUAAAUUAAAAGAUGCUUGCUCCUGUGGAGGAAAAUUAUGGCAAAUCUAGACAGCAUACUAAAAAGCAGAGACGGCACCCUGCCAACAAAACUUCACAUCUUUAGGGGUCACCAAGCAAUGGAACUUGAUUUUGGACACUUUGACGAAAGAGAUAAGGCGUCCAGAAACAUGCGUGGCUCCCGAAUGAAUGGCCUGCCAAGUCCCACUCACAGCGCCCACUGUAGUUUCUACCGCACCAGGACCUUACAGGCGCUGAGCAAUGAGAAGAAGGCAAAGAAAGUGCGUUUCUACCGCAAUGGGGACCGUUAUUUCAAGGGGAUUGUUUAUGCUGUCUCCAGUGACCGCUUUCGAAGCUUUGAUGCCUUGCUUGCUGAUCUGACCCGUUCUCUGUCUGAUAACAUUAAUCUGCCUCAGGGAGUUCGCUACAUUUACACCAUUGAUGGCAACAGAAAGAUUGGCAGCAUGGAUGAACUGGAAGAAGGAGAAAGCUAUGUAUGUUCAUCAGACAACUUCUUUAAGAAAGUGGAAUAUACCAAGAAUGUCAACCCAAACUGGUCAGUCAAUGUGAAAACCUCUGCCAACAUGAAAGCUCCUCAGUCCCUGGCCAGUAGCAACAGUGCCCAGGCGAAGGAGAACAAGGAUUUUGUGCGUCCCAAGUUGGUGACCAUCAUCCGGAGUGGAGUGAAGCCAAGAAAGGCGGUGCGUGUGCUCCUGAAUAAGAAAACAGCCCAUUCUUUUGAGCAGGUGCUCACUGACAUUACCGAAGCCAUAAAGCUGGAAACAGGAGUUGUUAAAAAACUGUAUACUCUGGAUGGCAAGCAGGUAACUUGCCUUCAUGAUUUCUUUGGCGAUGAUGAUGUAUUUAUCGCUUGUGGCCCAGAAAAAUUCCGCUAUGCCCAGGAUGACUUUUCUCUGGAUGAAAAUGAGUGUCGAGUAAUGAAAGCAAACCCACCUACCACCCCAGGCAGCAAGUCAUCUCCAACCCCACAGAAGAGCUCAGCAAAAAGCCCAGCCCCAUUGCGCCGGAGCAAAUCCCCAGCUGAUUCAGGUAACCUUCAGGAUGCAAAUGGAACAUCAAGCAGCCAGCUUUCCACACCGAAAUCAAAGCAGUCCCCAAUCUCUACACCUACUAGUCCAGGAAGUCUCCGUAAGCACAAGGACCUGUACCUGCCUCUAUCCUUGGAUGACUCUGAUUCUCUUGGAGACUCCAUGUAAAGGAAACCCAGUUCCCCGUCUCUGUAGUACACGCUCUGUUUUAAAUGCAGAGCAGUACUUCUGCCCAACGGAGCAGAGAGGUCACUGGUGCUCACAAUCAAUCCAAGGACACAAAACUUAUAGUUAUGCUUUCUUUGCUUUUUUGUUUUCCUCUUAUGAGUUCUCUUCUGUGUUACAAAACCAACACUAGCAACGGACCAGAGGUAAAGGGAUACCAACCACUUGCAGAACUUCGCCAUCCAAGUUAAAACGGUUAUUCCUGGUGGGUUUUGGAGCCAGAGAUGAAGUAGAACAUCGUGAUUUUACGACUUUCUAUUCUCUCUCUUUGUACUGGGUGCAAUGACACCAGGAUUGGCUGUCAGUGUAGGGAAAAAAAUGAUAGUCUUUUCAAAAGAUUCCAUGUCAAAAUAUUCCAUCAGCAGAUGUGGCAACACUGCCAUUAAACUUCAACUUUUCCCACCAGGAUGUUUUUCAGACAUUCAUAGUUACCAGCAACUUUACCAAAGUAGCUUUGUUCCCCUCACUCCUCCUGUGUUAAAUUUAAUACUUUCCUAUUAACUGUACUUGAUUUAUGUUCACAGCCACCAAGGGCUAAAUCCAUGAUGGUAAUAAGGUCAAUAUAUCACAGCAAGUCCCAAAAAUAAAUGAGCAAAAAGCUAUUUAUGGUAGUUUUGCUGCAGGACCUUUAAGGCCAGGAUCUUUUCACUGCAGUGGAUUUUUUAAAGGCAAUAAUAAAAAAAAAAGAUUUGGUUGAUAUGAAGUUACUGGAAGUGCUGCGUGGUAUCUCUUGAUCUCUGAAAGAUUCUUAAUGCCUUGCAAACAGCCAACACUGAAAACACUGUGAAGGUUUUGUUUUCAGGUUUCUAACACUUCUCUGUUCCUACAACUACUGCGAUUGCUGUUAAGAUGAAAUCAGUACAAUUUUAUAAUGGAAAAAUGACUUUACCUAGGUUGUAGAGAAGCAAUUCUUCAAGUUCUUUCUUUCUUUCUUUCUUUCUUUCUUUCUUUCUUUCUUUCUUUCUUUCUUUCUUUCUUUCUUUUUUUAAAAAAGUAAAAACUGGUGACUUGAUUUUGCUUAAAAAAUAGAAAAACAAAAGUAUAGAAAAAUGUUCUGCGCAGUGAAACGUUUUUGAAGUUGCGGCCAAAUUUAGCAUCUGAAAUAGGAAAAAAAACAGGGCUGGCAUCAUGAUUGGGUGCUUUGGGGAGGUGGGCUGUUACCAUUCAGUGAGUAUUUUGAAGGGGUUUAUAACAUUAGGGGCCUCUGGGAGAAUAAAGAAGUCAAAAUGUCUGCUCUCCCCCAUAUCAUUGGAUUGGAGCCCUGACUUGCCUUUUAUGUGUGUUGGAGCUUCAAAACAGCUUCAAAACAGCUUGGGUUUUGGGGCACCAUGUUGAUUUUUUUGCCUCCAGCCCCACCCCACCCGCUGUGCAACAUGCUGGAUUUAUCUUGCCAUUUUCGGCAUGUUCAAGAAUCCCAAUUAAGGCCAGGAGACUACUUUUGAGUCCUCUUUUCUAUGAAAACAGCCCAUUAGAACAGAAUGCAAAGCAUAAGCAAGCUUUUCCCUUUUUCGUAAUUGUAAAUGCAAUGUUUGAUACAGGGCUGACCAUUUUCCCUAUGCCUUUUUAUCAGUGCUGGAUAAUGUGUACCGCCUUGUUCCUGAUUCAUCAAAAUAAGUGCUUUGAUUUUUUUUUUUAAUUCUCGGAUCUUUCCAUAUGAGGUGCUCUACUUUUUUGGGGUGGCAACCCCUUUUUGAAUUUAGAAUGUGUAUGAUGAGAGUUUGUUCUUUCAUUUCGAUUGGAAAAGCUGCUUUGGGCCACUUGCAUGAAAUGGAAAGGUGAGCUGAACAGGCAUGAUUUUAAAUGCUUUCACGUGGCUACUUAGCUCACUUCUUUUCUCACCUGGGGGUGGGGGGAUUUCCCAUUUCUUAAAAUGGGAAAGAUCAUUGCACCACUAGCAAGUUUUGAGUUAUGGUGAUGAUGUGAGUGAGCUGAGUGUUAGGAUGUUAUCGUUGCAGAGAAGGUGUCAGAUGAUGGAGUGGCCUAUAGUUAACCACAAUCCUGCACCACAAAGACAAGUAAGACUGAACCCAUUGCUAGCCAAAGCAGUGUCUAAAAUUCCCUAUUCCCCAAUGUUGUCGUUUGGUCUGAUGCAUCCACUAAACAUUGGUUCAGGAGAACCAUUUUCCUUGUAGGAUCACAGUCAGAUCGCCAUGGGGAAGGCUGACUUUGAGGACAAAGCACAGAAAAAGAUCUACAGGAGAAUUUCCCAUGGUGUGUUUGACCCCCUAGCAGAUCUAGUGUAUAAAUUGGAGCAGGUCUCUUAAUUUCUUGGUGCCUCAAUUUACCUUAUCUGUCAAAAUAGGGACAGGAAUACUUCUCUACCUCAUGGGAAGGGUGGUUGGGUUGGCAGGUGAGUCAUUUUGUUAAUGCCGUAAAAGACAUAUUUGGUGGAAAAGUACUUAUAGCUUGGGAAGGGAUGGAAUUUGUUGAGUUCAGGGAAGGUUUCCUGGGUGGCCUGAAAGAUCUUCUUUCUACAGACAGCCAAGCAGCCCUGACCACCACAACUAAUCAAUGCACACACUGUGAGCUUUGACUGUUGUCAACACCAGAAACAGGAACUGAUCUCUCCCUCCCAGAUCUGGCAAUAGUGACUCUGUCCCUCCUGAGAUUCUGAAUCAUGGUUACAAAGGUGACCUCCAUUGUUAAUUGCUUACAGGAAUACUUGUCAACUUGGAGAUAAGCUUUGUUUGCCAUGCAUUCACUUUGCUCCAGUUUUGAUCUUCUGCUCUCUCUUCUCUUCCUCUUGAAGGGUUGUUCUUAUUUUGCCAGUUGAGUGUGAUCAGAGGAGCUAUACUUCUGGAAACUGAAAUUGAAUGAUCCUUUUCUGCUAAAGGUGAUGAUGCUUCUUGACAACACUGCCUUUUUGGUCAAGAGUCUAAAAAUCUUGAUGCCUUCAACCCGAUCUUUCCUGGUUUAAUAGAAAAGAAGCAAUGAUCUCCAUCAAAACUGAGCCAUGGAGAACAGACCCUCUCCCUCCCUCUUUCUCUCUCUUACACACCUACACAAACACAUACCCAUGCAAAAUACAUCUAUAGAUGGUUGAUCUAUUUGAUUGCUAUUCUUAGGCAAUGCCCUAGCAUUAAGCCUAUCCUUGGUAGUAGUACUGUAGAGUCUUUUGAAUGUUAACUUUACUCUUUCUUGAUUGCACAGAGAGGACAAAUGUAGGCUGUUUCUAUCUGCCAAUGGAAACUCUGAAGUAGCAUUGUCCUUUGUAUAAAAUGCUGGGAACACAUAUUAAGGGAGAAGCCACCAUAUUUAUCUCCAGCUUGUAAGCCCUUGAGAAGCUCAUAGAUAGAAUGAUAAACUAGAUCUGUUUUCCCCAGCUGAUUUACUUCAGACUUCCAAUUCUCUGAAAUCCCAAAGAGAAUUUAAGUUCCUUUAGUCAUACAACCUGGACAUUUUGACAGCUGGAAACUGGAUAGAAUUUUGGUCCAUUCCAGUAGUGAUUCUUGAUCAUGGUUUACAUGCUAUAGCUGAACAUCUUUGCAAAAAUACAGAUUUGGGCUUUCAUUUUUAUUGCACUUAAUAAUGGCAUGUCUGAAAGACUGAUAUAACAGGAAUGUUGUUGCUUGAGCUGUGCCAUGCUGUGUGUUACUUCUGAAUCCAGAAAUGGUGAGAUUCAGCUUUUGUAAGCAUUCGCCUUCAGCAUUCAGAAACCAGAGGCCUAGUCAAUGGAAAGUGAAGGUUCUUCUUUCUAGAAAAGGAAUGGGGGAGGGCAGGGGGAGCCAUUCAAAACUUGCAAAAGUGAAACAGGGUAAAGAACAAGACUCCCAGAAGAAUCUUUCAGGUAAGUGUUCUUGAACUGUAGGUAGAAAUCAGUGUCAGAUGUAAAACUGCCUAUGUAGUGGAUGUUGCAUGAUUCUUUGUACAAAAUAAAUAAAUUAAAAUGCAUGCCAAAUAGCCAUAUGUACCAUGCUAGGUGUGUUCAGCUCCAAACUCAUAAAAAAAAAAAACACUAGAGGCUAUAGUGCUUUUCUUUUACAGUCCAUUCAUUAGUGCAAAUAGAUGCCACCUAUUUUAUAUAAACUGAUUGUAUUAUGACAGACAGAAGCAGCGAAGGACUAUAACAGCAGUUUUUAAUACACAAGUUCAAAAGUUGAGUGGCACUUAAGGAGGGAAGGGCUGAGGGCCACAGUAGAUGGACCACUGUAUCACACAUGUGAGCAAGGUUGAUGGGGGAGGAGGCAGAGCGGGCAAUUAUUUAAUUUUUGUUUGGCUCUUAUAUGCCUAUUGUAGGAUUUCUACUACAGUGUUUAUUGCUUCCCCUUUCAAAAUAACAACUUUAUGUAUUCGCAGAAGGAAUUCAAGGACCACAGAAAGUUGAUGCUGUAACUUGUGACCUUGAGGUUACACCUCAUCCUGUCAGGCACAAUCAACCAGACUCACAUGAGUAGGCUUCAAACUAGCUCCUUUAUUGUUCUGUGCCUAUUCCACAGGAAUCUUCCCAGACUAGAAGCUUUUGCCUGGAAAAACUAGAUAAGAUUCAAAGGCAAUCAAGGGGUGGGGUGGACCUUUCUCUCUUAUGUCUAUGUAACGAUUCCAGACUAAUUCCCUACUUGAUCCUUCCUCCUGACUGGGACAGUCUUUCUCCAAUACAUCCCUGCUCUAGCUCUAGGAAUCUAUGUUUGGUUUCUGUUUUAAAACUCUUGCACUUGAGCAGAUGCAGGUUCAGGGUGUAGAAGACAGCAAUAGCCAAAUUGCACACUUGGGCCCCAUAUAGUCUUUUAGCCCUUCACAGGUGCCUGCAACUUUGCUUUUAUCCAUUCCCUCUUAUUUUAACUAUCCAUGACCACUGUUAAUGUCUUUAAGGUCCCUAUUGCCAUCCAGCCCAUAAAUGAAAAUCUUCUCACUGCAGAGGACCAUGGGGGGGGGGGAGCCCUGAAUUACAGUCCCAUGCUUUUUGUUUUGCACCGGCAGCUGCCUAUUGUGAAUAUACAUGUAAAAAUGUCUUUGUCGGUCAUGAAGAAGAUCUGUCCUUUUAAUCCUAGAAGCUCAUAAAUUAUGAAGGACAUGCUGUAGAGACCACUGUGAAGUUCUCCUAGUUUUGUGAAGCAAAGGUAAGGCAGUUGUCUUGAGGACAGAUUAUGGAUAACUUGAAAGGGCAGAUCUGUGGUAAAUGUUGGGGAAAGUUUCUGGGAGAUAUUUGGACUUCAACUUGAAGUUCAUACAUCUUAAAGUUGCCAAGGUUGGAUGGAUUGAAAAAAGCUUUGAUUCUGGAAUAACUUCAUGUAGGCCUUUAAAAUAUGCUAAAAAGAAUCAAAGCUGUCUGCCUCUAGAAAAAAAACCUCAAGUUUGUUUUGGGAUAUUACCUCUUUGAUGGAAGCAUAGACCACAAGAGUUCCAUUUCUUCUCUUUGGCUACUAACUUGAAUAUUUUCCAAUAGAAACAAUAUUGUUCCUAUAUAAUAAGUCACAGCAGCUAACAGCAUCUGUCAAAUUGCCCUUUUGAUCUUAAUCAACUUAAUUUCCUUCCCAAACAUCCAGGUUUCCAUAUUGUUUAGAUUAGUGGUGAAAUCCAAUUUUUUUUACUACCGGUUCUGUGGGCGUGGCUUGGUGGGCAUGGCGUGGCGUGCAUGGCUUGGUAGGCAUGGCAGGGGACAGAUACUGCAAAAUCUCCAUUCUCACCCCACUCCAGGGGAAGGAUAUUGCAAAAUCUCCAGUCCUUUCUGGGGCCAGCCAGAGGUGCCAUUUGUCGGUUUUCCGAACUACUCAAAAUUUCCGCUACUGGUUCUCCAGAACCUGUCAGAACCUGCUGGAUUUCACCCCUGGUUUAGAUGUGAAAGUUCUGGAAUCAAACAUAUACUAGAACUAUUUGGCAUUACUGCUCUUGUCAAGCUUACAGCUAACAAGGAGAAUACAAAGAUACAUAAUCCCACCUCCCAGGACAAACCCAGCAAAUUUAGAAUGCCAACGUAAUUUCUAAUCCCCUCAUCCCUUUCUGUAUUUGGCAUCCCAUCUUUAACAUCACCUAUUUCUUCCUGAAACAGGUUUUGUCAGAAAUAAGAAUUCUUAUUCAUCCGUCACCAAUUAUCAAUUCAUGAUGCAAAUUAUAAGAGCUAAAAGACUCAAUAUUCAUAAUACAUUAAAAUGGAAAUUUACCAGGCACAUAAACUGUAGCCUCUUGCAGCACAACAGUAGGGUUAGCAUCCCAAAAUAUCACUUAUAGUAGGUGCAUGAUCAAUAGUACAAUGAAAUGUCUGCUGGGUUUGUAACAUGAGUACAAAACCCUCAGUUGCAUGUAAUUGCAGAAGUAGAAGAUGCUAGAAAAGUUUUGGUUGCAAACUACAGGUGUUAUCACCUGUGUUCAGAGGUUUUAUGUCUAAUUCUGUCUUUGCACACACACCGAGGCAGCCGUCUUUCUUGGCUUUGUAAUAUAUUUUUAAUCAGGUUUUUUUAUCUUGAUCUUUGAUCUUGAGUCCCUUAGAACACAAAUACCAUGCUUCUCAUCUAUGAAGAUUCUUGGUCAUCCAAGUCAUGGUUGUCCCAAAGGUACUUUUUUCAAAAGGCAACUGGACUUUCUUGAUUUUCCUUGAAGACGUUUCGCUUCCGACAGUGGGGAAUAGAAGGAUUCCAAAGAUGACUGCAAGGAAUAGAAAUCCUUCCAUUCUCCACCAUUCAGUCAGAACUGAAGCAGCUUCUUGGGUGAGAAUGAAAUGUCUUCAAGGAAAAACAAAGAAAGUUGCCUUUUGAAAAAAAAACACUCUUGGGGCUACCAUGCUUCUCAUUCGGCCUUGAUGUGGUGCAUACUGUGGCAUGCGGCCUUGGAAAUUCUGAAAGUUGAAAUCCAUGCAUCUUAAAGGUGCCAAAGUUAAGAAAACAGCUCUCUAGGCUAUGUCACAAGGUUAUCUUAAUCAAGAAUCCAGUAUAGUCAAUUUCAUAGACUCUUGGUCAUUUUCACAACUGUUAGCUUUUUCUGUCUUGGUAUCUGUAGCUUGGUUUCCGCCAGAUAAUCCAAUAAAUUAAGAAGAUCUUAAUGCUUCUCUGAAACACAUUUUUAAAAGGAAUUCAUGGCAAUGGUAAUUGCCUAAAAUUGUCUUAAAAGGACUCAUGGAAAUUAACUGAUUAUUAAGGAAAAGUGUCAGGAGAAUGGACUGGAGAGUAUGUCUUGCAUUCAGUAAGUUUCCUUAUCCUGAAGGAAUAACUUCUAUGCAUAUUCACCCUUGUUCCAUGACAUAUAUUUAAACUGACAAAUUUCUAAACCAUGUUUCCCAUUAAAUGAUUACAAUUUUAUUUUUCACUGUUACCUUUAAAAAUCUGUCCACUUGAGAUUAUUAUUGAAUAUUAUCUUCAUAGGAGAAGAGACACCUCCUCUUCUCCUACGGAAGAUAAUCCUAUUACAAAAUCCUCAUUCCCACUCCACUCUGGGGCCAGCCAGAGGUGCCAUUCUGUCUUCACUUUUUUUCCCCAGAAGGCAAAUAAUGUUGGAGACAAACGAAUUUCUAAUUAAAAAAAAAACAAAGCUUCCACAUUCUCUGCCCUUAAACUUCCCAAAACUGGAGCCAGCCAGCUAUUUCUCCCAGCAUCAUCAAUGUGCCAAGCUAUAAAGAGCUUUUAUAGGUGAAUACCAGCAUUUAAAUAGGAUCCAGAAACUGACAGGAAGGCAGUGAACACUUGAAAAGCAGAUGUAGCCCCUGUAUGCACCAAUGGAAGUUUCUAGAUAGUCUUUCCAGGCAGCCCCAUGUAGAAUCUAUUUCAGUAGUCUCAUGUUAUGGAUGAGGGCAGAUAGGGAUCCUCCUAUCUGAAGUGAGACUGCAAUUGCUCAGCUGAAAUUGAGCAAAGUCCUCCCUGGCCAGGACCUUCAUUUGCUAAUCCAGAAAGAGAAGUCUAAAGGUCCUCAAGUUGUGGAUCUGGUCCCUCAGGAGCUGUGCAACUUUCCCAGAAUUAAGACAAGAGGUCAUAGAGGAACUCCAGUGUUCAAGCAACAUUGUCUGUCUUGCUAGAGUUCAAGUUAAAGCUGAUCUCUUAUAUCCAGAUCUUCACAACCCCUAGACAUCAGGACAACACUUCAACAGCAUUUUCAAUACAGGCCAAGGUCAUGAUGUAUUGUUGAGUAUCAUCAGCCUCUUGAUGAUUCCAGACCUCAAACUGCCAAAUGACCUCCCUAACAGCUUCUAUAAGUGUUAAUAAUGGGAGGAGAUAACUCAACCUUAUAUACAGGGGUAUAUAAAGAGCCACUAAACUGAUCUCUUCCUUCUGGAACUAUCUGUUGAGGAAGGAUUGGAAUCAAUAUAAAACAGUGUCUUCAACCUCCAGUCUCUGCAGCUUGUCCAGAAGGAUGUCAUGGUCAAUGCUAUUGACGGCCACUGAGAACUGCAGUACCUUCAUCCAAAGCCUGACCAAUGCUAUCUCUGUCCUAAACCCGGGUCUGAACCCUGACCUCUUCUCUUUCUCCAUACCUAUUACUUUAUAAAAAGUAGAAUUGUGUAGAGACAUCAGAUGUGUGAAUGCCACCAGCCAAUUUUCUUAAUCCUUAGCAAGUGACAGAGCAAAAACACAUUGAAUUAUAAAACUCUCUGAAUGGCAUCUACAUAAACAUUCAUUACUUUUUGGGAGAUGCAUCUCUUUCUUUACUGCUUUUUUGCAAAAUAAACUGUGGCCUGAAGACUGUCAGGAACUAAAACCAGACGGUAAUUUAAUAUCUUGAGUUUUCUGAGCUGAUUAUGUAUGAUUUGCUUCAUUUGUGACAGAAAGCUGCAAUAUAAUAUAACCAGGAUGUCAAAAUGUGUUUUCUUCUAUAAUCUUUCUGUGUUGAGUGGGAAUGAAGUGGGAAAAAAACCAAGAAUUUUAAAAAGUAAAAGAAGAAGCAAGUAAGGUUUAAAGUUUAGCUGGCAUACUUUAAACUUUCUGUACAGAAUCUUUAAAAACAGGUCCUUUGUAUGAAUUGUUGAAUUUUACAGGGUGGAUACUUUAGUUUUUGUUUUGUUUUGAAUGUCAUAUUUAAAGAAUGAGUCAUUGUAAAGAGGAUGAAUUAAUUAAAUUAAGGGGUUUUUUUUAUCUUUCUCUAACAAAUCAAUCUAAUAUUUUCAUAACCCUCUAUUAGUACAGUUGAAGGAUUUUAUAAAAAGCUGGAAACUUUUUUUUCACCCACAUCCAACAAAAAUAAUCUCUUUUUCAGUAAAUUUCAAAAUGUUUUAUAUCUUUGCAACAAUUCCCCCUUCUAGCAAUCAGCACUGGGUUAAAUUAAAGUGAAGCUGCACCAUGAAACAAGGCUGACAUAUAUCAGGAGCAUCUGCAGAGGAGUAAAAAAAAUCAAGAUGGCAGUCUCAAUCAUAUGACCAAAGUCCUGGGCCUUUGCACUUGUGUUGCAGGCACACAUAAAGGCUGUAGUUUCCAUCACAUAAUUGUGACAGCUAUCUUUACUUUUUUGAAACCCAGCCUCCCAUGGCAAAUGCCCCUUUUGAGAUGUUCUCCAAGCUUCCAACAACCCCUUCUCCAAUCAAAAUAGCUCAUUAUAGUAUUGAUAUAGAGAGACAACUAAUUGUAAAAUAGGCAGCAGCAUUUUUGGUGCCCUGGAAAACUUGUGGUUAAGGACAUUAACAUGGAUUGGCCAUGUGGCAAUAGAACUACAAAGUGGAGGGGCCAGGAAGUUGAUCAUGGCUGAUGCUUCAGAUAGUUGCUACAGCCCACCUGCUGAACCAACUUGCUCUGCACCGCUUCCUGCUCACAAUCAUGAGCUCUUAGUGUGUUGUUCUAUGACAUCUCCACCAUUAGGGUGUCCAUAGGAAGCAGGAAUUCAAAGAAAGUCAGGAUGGUGGCUACAUUUGUCUGGCUGUAGCACUAUCUGUACUUUUUGGCCCACCUGUACAAACAGUAACAGAAGAGACGGAACAGCAUUUUUACAAGGCUUAUGAUGACCCUAUGAUCUGCUGUGCAAUUCAAAUUACAAAUGUUCUUCCUGUCCCAACUUGUUCCCAUCCAUAACACUGCUCCAUAAUUCUAGGUACAUGGAGGAAGAACCUUCCAAAAAACUCUUUGAGCAAGGAUAGCAAUAUGAUUUUUUUUCCUUAAUUAGCUGGGCUCAGGGAAAUUACAUGGUGCCAUAGACUAUGUGUUAUUUCCUCCUCGUUCCUUUGACUAUGAGAUUGCUUUUCAUGAACUCCUGUAUGUCCUUAACCUGACUCCAGUCUGAUGAAGACCUAAGCAAAAGGGAAUUCUUUUAAAGUCUGUCCUUUAAAGUCUCUUUGGUGUCAAUCAGGUAAUUUCACUUCUAUUGAUGAUGUCCUGCUUGGGGAUGUUGACAUUUUCUACAUGAGGAACAAUAAUUGGAGUUUCCAUCCCAAACUACUCUCGGCUGUUAUUGCCUUGUAAAAUAUUGCAGCUUUAAACCAAUGAACCCACUCUCUUCUCAAGGUGCAUGUUCUGAACCCAUUCUGCAUUCUAAACUCAUGGCAAGUCACUUAGCAGUCCGUCCACCAUUUUUUCAGCCAUUCAACUUGUACAGAAAGCAUUUUUAUCGAGAUCUUUGGGGGAGGGGGGAUUAUUUUUUUUAAAGCUUCAGUUCCAUGGCUAAAGGUAGAAUUAGGCUACUUAGCUGACAGACAUUAAAAUAGUUGUGGUAGUUUUUAGACAUUUUAGAUUGCUAGCAAAGAAGAGUUUGAGAGUAAAUGCAUGGUAUUGACAUCUCAUGCCUUAAAUCAUUUCUUUUGCCCACUCUUGGCUUCUCUCUGUCCUUCUGUGUUUUGCAUUCUUGUGGGGUUUUUUUUUUCAGUUAUUGAUAUAUACAUGGAAUAUAGCAAGAGGACAAAACCUGAAUAAGCACUGAUUGUGGGAAGGUGUUUCAUUACAGUUGUAUUGUACAAUUCAAUGUCUUGCUCCUAAGAAUAACUUGCCUUGAUUUUUGUCUGUUUACGGCAACAGACCUCACAAAUGUGUUUCCGGAGCAUUAUGCCCAAUGCCAUUCAGGGUUUUUUGUACUUUUUUAAAGGAGAAAAUGUAUAUAAUGUCAAGAACUUCCCUUUUUUCCCCUGAAUAUUUGAAAUGGGGUAGAGAGGGCACCCGAUGGUACCAGGAUCCAAUGGAGAAAUGUUGCGUUCUAUCCUAAUGGUUCCCUCUUCUGAUGAUUACCACAAUCGAAAAAGUGUGAUCGUUUACAUUUGAAGGAACCAUAGUUCCUGGGUUGACUCCAAACAGAGUCUGCAGAGACUAAAAACCCGAGAACUUGCGAAUCAGUGACUUUGAAUGAAAAGAAAGCAAACUGGAUGGACGUACCCCGGACUUACUUUUUUGAGUCUCUUUUUCUCUCCACUGGAAAGGCCCUGUUUGAAGACCUGAUGCUUUCAAGUUCUUGGUUUUCCAAUGGUGAAAUAUUGUGAACUGUUUUUAUUGCCCGUCGUCCUCUCCACCCAAUCCCGACCAGAUGAGAUCUGUAACAUGCAGCAAGAAGAAUUUGUAUACGUGAUAGCUUUGCUCUCAAUAUUUGUUAUGCAUUGUUUUCCCCCCCAUCUCAAUGUACAUUGGCAACGUGUGUGUAAUGUCAUCUUCCAAAAUAAAAUUUGGUUUCAAUACUUAGGUGAAGAAAGA